AAAAACUAAUGUCCCUAGCUUGAAAUUAGGGCUUUUUGUUGAAUAUCCCAGUAUCACAUCAUCAUCCCCAUUUUCUCACUCUCACUCUCACUAUCACCUUAAUCGCUGAAAAUGGUGGAGCUGCUCUCUCCGUGACCUGAAAAGGGCUACCUCGUAGUUCUCAACUGGAAGUGCGACACUGCGAGCAGAAACUAGAAUCUAUAUAUGAUUAGCAGGGGCUUCCAGUUCCGAGUUGAUGCUACAAUGGCAGAAUACGAGAGCAGCCACCAUAACUACACCAUACCAAAAGAAACGGCCUUACAAGCUCUAAACACCAUAAUCCAGCUUCACUUCGAGAAAACCCUAGAAAAGAAACGAGCUGUAGACCUACAAAAAAAGGAGCUAUGGAAGCUUUUCCAGUUCUUCUUCCUGUUCUUAGCUCUUGUAUUUACAGCUCAGGUUCAGUCCACUCGGCUCCAAUGCCGCCAUUGUUGGGUACCCAUUGGUCUGCUCUCUCUCUCCCACCUCAUCUUCUAUGUGUCAGUGGCUCAGACACUGAGGUGCAUCAAUGGGUUCAAGUAUCAGAGGAGGUGCCAUAAGUUGACACUUGGAUUAGCCACUGAGCGACUCAGGCAGAUUAGGAUGAGGAUGAGCAGCAGCAGCAGUGUGGUGGCCGGAGGUGGUGAAGAUGUUUUGAGGGAUGAUUAUGAGAUUCAUUAUCAAGAGCCACCGGAUACUUAUUUUGGUAAGUUUAAGAGGAAUUGGGCUUUGCAUUUUGGGUUUUUGAUCUUGAUUUAUAUUUUUAUGGUGUCUUCUUCUGUUGUUCUUUUAUGUUUCUAGGAUUUGUAGUAAAACAAUGAAUGGAGGAUUGAGAUUUAGUUUAAUCAAUGUGAUAUCUUUUUAUCCUGA